AUGGCGCACUUCUUCAAGAAACACACACACACCGCCUCAUCUCCGGAUACGGAGGAAUUGGAGAUGCUGCGGCAAAAGGUUGGCACUCUGGAGGAGGUUGUUAGGCGGGCAGAGGAGGACUUGCGGGAAGAGCGAAAAACGCUUUCCAUGCUGCAACUUAAGACGACCCAGUGGAAGGAAAAGGUUAAAGAGCUCUACAGUAAGGAUCAGGUACGUAUCGCACAACUGGAAGAUGAAUUGAAAGUCAUCAAGGCACUGCACGACACUGCGCCGGUUCCCAUCACCGCGGAGAUGCAGUCGUUGCUGGACAAGGCGCUUUCUACGCUGCGCGACGAGCACGAGCGUGGGUUGGGAGCAAAGCAGCAGGAGCUGAACAAGGCACUUGCCACUGUGUCGGACCGCGAGUUGGAACUCGCAAAGAGCCAUCGUGAGAUGAAGGCUCUCCAAGAUCAGUACAUUGUGAGCCAACAACACUUCACGCACGAACUGGAGUUGCUUAACAGGCACCAUGAAAAAGAAAUACAGCAACUCAAUGCACAAGUGGAGGCGUCGGACAAGACCCAAGAACUCAGAAGCCACAUAAGGAAGCAGGAGAAGGAAAUCCAGGACUUGGAGCAACACUCCGCCCAACAGGCAGUUCUCACUGGAGAGUUGCAGACAGAAAUUGUGGAACUCACGGAAACAAAUACCAAGCUACAGAGAGAACUUGAGGAGGCCAUUGCCAACAUGUCCACCGUCCUUGAGAAGCAGCGAUUAUGGAAAGAGGGAGUUAAAAACAUAAAGCUGCAGGAUAUGAAGAUUAUUCACGAUCUGCAAGAGGAACUUGAAAAACAAAAGCAAGCAAUAUCCACGGAAAAAGUGAAGGAGGAGAAGCUUCAGUCCGUCGAAAAAAAUAAGGACAUAUCACAAGAUCUUCAUAACUCACAAAAGCAGACGCCUGAGGGAAUAAACCUCAUUCACACAGUGACCGACCCUCUUCCAGAAAAUCUAUCUAACCUCUCGCACUGCAAAGAACACACAAACAAAUACCAAACAUCCCUCAUCGAAACCCCACCGGCACCUCCGCACACGCUCUCUACUAAUUCUAUUGCAUCGUCUCCAAUGCAAACAAAAAACGGUGAAGCAAAUAUUAAUAAAGCGGCGUUAGCAGUGAACCUGCGUGCCCAGCUGGAAGAGGCCGUGCGGCAGCGCGAGGAGGUGCAGCAAGAGCUGGUGCGAACGGGUGAGGAGCUGAGCAGCCUCCGUGAACAGGGCGGUCGGAUACUGCAAACCUGCGUGCCCAGCUGGAAGAGGCCGUGCGGCAGCGCGAGGAGGUGCAGCAGGAGCUGGUGCGAACGGGUGAGGAGCUGA